UCUUUGCUUGGGACAGACACACUCAUAUAGUUCGUCACUCUGGUAUUAACCACCAUAUACGGUAUACUGACAUACACUCAGAAAGACACCUACGAGGCUCCAGAAUGUUGCAGCUUUGAGACUAUUAGACACAAACCACUGUACCAAUUGAUUAAGUGUUUAUCCUCCAGGCCGAAGCAUGCCUGUUCUUAAGAACCUCCCAGCUCGGCUGAAGGGGGCCAAGGGGAAUUUGGAGUUGGAGAACACUCACAGUGAACUGAUUCUCCGCAAGAUGAGUCUCAACCACAACCCGUUUGAGGUGAACGGCUUAGAUGAGGAGUGGCCCAGGCACAAUGGUGGCUCACUCCUGGAUGGGGAUGCUCCCCGAGAUCGUAACCCAUUUGAGGAUGAGGAGGAUGAGAAUGAGGCCAAUGAAGUGAGGCGUGGGGGCUCAGGAAAGGGUGGUACUUUGAAAGGGACGCUUGACCGCAUCAAAGGCGUUUCACCACUCAAGACCCUGGGCAAGCUAGGCAAGGGCCUGCGCAUGUCAGGCAGGAGUAAGGGCAGUGCCACCCCUUCUCCACAGGGCUCCAUUGGUAUGCCCUCACCCAUGGAGAAAAAGAAGAAGGGCCGACGGAGUUCAGAGGGAAGUCUUCUAAGGAUGGCAGGAAGAUGCAGAGAGAGCCUCCGUAAAGAGAGCUUACCCAAUGGAGACCUGUGUUCAGAGAGUGAUGCUGAUUCAACCAGUCGUAAACUGUCCCUCUUGAAAAUUGUGGGUAGAGGCAAGAAGAGGGAGUCACUGGUUGACCGCUCAGCAUCCCCUGGCCCUGAAGAAGAGCCAGUAGAGGAAGUGCCAGUAGUCAAACCCCGAGAGCCUCUCUCAGUGUUGGAGAUCCUGCAGCUGGUGACCAAGCGAGACUUGUUCCUGGCAGACACUCACAUACUAGAGCUAGAACAGGAGUGUAAGGAGGUGUCCACUACACCACCAGGGGGUGCGGAAGAUCUCACUAGCCCCAGCAGCAAAGACAGCAUCCGGCGUAAGACUAAGGACGUGGAACUAUUGUACGAGGCCCUGCAAAAGGAGCUGUGGGAUGUGGUCCGGGAAUCCCUACGGUCUCCCACUGCUGGGCCUAACCUAGGCCUGGUGGUGCAGGUCCUCCAACAGGAAGAACAGGCUGAUCGGGACUGGACCACAAGUGAGGGCGCUGUUCCAGGCGGAUCACGGCCCAGAGAGCUGAAAAAGCGAUGGAAGGAGGCUGUGGCUGAGGCCGCUAAUGAGAAUUUGCCCAAGUCUGAGGUGGUCCUGGCAGGUGAGCUGUUGGCAUACCUGGAUAAACUGCGAAUUCGCAUGGUAGAGGAUCUUGGAGCGGCCCGUCGGAAUGUUGUAUCUGUGUACCCUGAGGAGUAUGAUGCCUUUCAAGUGUAUGUACAUAGUUACCAUCAGGCCGUCACAUGCCGGUUACAGACCAUCACUAAAGGAGAACUGCAAAUUACCGACAUAUACUCCCUUCUAGACUGGCUCUACAACAUAUAUGACAGGGACGUUAUUGGAACAGUGAGCAUAACAUCACCCAUCAACCGUUCUCAGCUCAGCCCACUACUGCCAGCAGAGAUGGUGGACAAGCUUGAGCUGGACUGCCUCAACUAUGUCAGGGGGAAAGUAACCAAUGAGCUGUCUCAGGUGUUGGAUGAGGAAGAAAAGAGAUGGAUAGAAACGCUGCACGUUGAGGAAUAUCAGAUCCCACUCUCUAAUGCAGUUAUUCAGAGACUGCAGGGAGAUCUUGAACGAUCUGCAGUGAUUAACCGAGGUCUGGCCUCACGAGUAGCGCAGUGCAGUCUUAAUGGCCUUGCAGAUUUUCUGUACAGCUUUCAAAGGAAAGUGGAAAUGUUCCAUGAAGGCCUUGUUAGUGCAUUUGGAGAAAAUGAAGAUGGUUAUGUUGCCAAGACAAUUGCUUUAGCCAACUGCUGUCCACCUUUCAGGAGCUUUGUAGAGCGAUGUGUACACAGUGACCCUGCUGUCAGUGAAGACUCUGGCCGCAGAGCCAACACCGCCCUGGACAAGAUCGUAAACCUGAGUGUGAGAGUGCUGAAUGACAGGAUAUUUGAGCACAUCAGGCCUUUCUUUGAUAAACUGGUGAAGAGGAAAUGGCUGAGCAACACGGAGGCAUUUGAGCAGAUUGUAUCUCUCAUCAGGGAACACUUCAAGAAGUUUAAAAGGAUGGAAGGCCCACCAUACCAGGUCCUGGUGGGAGAGGUCCAUCGUCGGGUGAUGACUGAGUAUCUUCGUGCCAUUAUGAGAGGCCGAAUCAUCUGCACUUCACUCAAGAUGAGGAAGAGAAUGGCCGGCCGUCUCAGAGAAGAGGGCAAGAACCUUAAAACACUCUUCAAAGAGUUGGAGUCCACAGCCUCAUGGCUGGACAGUGCCAUUCCCCACAUAUCAGAGAUCAUUCUGCUGGAAGACACACCCUCGAUCCAAAUAGAGGUUGGCGUCCUAGUUCGGGAAUUCCCUGACGUACGGAAGAAGCAUGUAUCUGCCAUCCUGAAUAUCCGGGGAAUGACUCGGCAGACUGAGAGACAGGAGAUCCUCAACAUUGUGAAAGACAUCGAGAAUAGCGAUAGUCUCUCACAACUGCCGCGAGACCGUGCUCUGUUUGCAGACGUGCCUGUGACGUCUGAGGUACACUGUCUGAACAUGGGCCUAAGCCGCAUCGCCCUCACUGCCUCCUCCUGUUUCUACAGCUUACGAUUUCGCCAGCGCAGGAGAACCCCAGUCAGGGAGACCCAUGACGACAUGCUGUAACCAAAUCUAAAAACAUACAACAUGUCAAAAAAUUAGUACACCCCAUGGAAAUCAUUGCCUUUUUUGACAUAUUUGAACAAGCAAACAUUUGAUCAUCUUUGAAACAGUGCCUAUUAAUAAAGUUGAUAUACUUGAACAAAACCACAAUGAAAAAUAGCUUUUUCAAUCAUUUAUUCAAAAUAAAUACCAAUAGAUGUGAUAUUCUUCUGUGGAAAAAGUAAGUACACCCUUGGCCUCUGAAGCUAGUAUUGCCCCCUUUAGCAGAAAUAACUUCUUGUAGGCGUUUUGCAUAAUUGUCCACCAGGCUUGCUGGAAUUGUUUACCACUCUUCCAUGCAAUAUUUUUUCAGUUGCAAGAUGUUUGAGGGUUUUCUUGCAUGUACUGCCUGUUUCAAAAUCCCCCACAACAUUUCAAUGGGAUUCAAAUCACUUGCCAGACUCAUAAUCAUCCACAACCUUUUAUUCUGAAGGCCUUAUCGAACUCUUUAGAUCUGGGCAUGAUGACACCACAUACCUCAGUAACAAAGGGAACACCAGACACUAGAUAUAACAGGGGUAUAAAUAAGACCGGUUCCACCUGCACUCCCUAAGCAGGAUCUAAUCACUGGCACCCAAUCUUGAACGCCUGAAUCAAAUGAUAUGGUUUUGAAUUACUUACUUUUUCCAUGUUACUGAUCUGUUUGUUUGUUUGUUUUUUGUUAAUUUAAAUUGUGAAAAUUGCUACAAAAUGUCAAUUUUAUGUGUCAUAUGAUAGAGUGUAUCAACUUUAUUAAUAGGCACUGUUACAAAGAGAAUCACAUGUUUUCUUGUCCAAAUAUGUCAACAACAAAAAACCCAACCAUUUCCAUGGGAUGUAUUAUUUUUUCACAUGACUGUAUGAUACAUUUCAAUAUCGACAAGUUGAGUCUUUCUCCACAGUGAAGUAUGAAAACUGGAGCUGGGCAAUAAGCAGUGUUUGGAGUGGUUUGAAACCUUUAAAAACACGGUUCGUGUCACACAAAAGGACUUUUUUUCUGUAUCAUAAAUACCUGGUAAAAGGGGUUGAGCUAGCAUUAGUGAAACUGGGACCAUUUUAGAAGCUUGUUAGUUGCAAUAUUUUCAUGUGCAUUGAAAUUUUAUAUUAUUUGGAUCCCAAAAGUAUUUAAAUGAAUCAGAACAUUUCGCACAAAACACAGCUCACUUUAAAACAAAUGGAAUUGUUUAAAUUAAUGAGAUUGUCUCUUCUUUCGGCUGUCAUACUAGUACUGAUGUGACUGUUAUUUGUACAGUACAUGGUGAUUUAAUACUUGAUCUAAGGUACUACACAAUGAUCUAGGAUUUUUUUUCUUGUAUUUAAAUGUCAUUUCAUGCUGCAAUCAUUGUAGUGCUGAUGAUAAUCCAAAUCUGCUUGGAGAAAGAAAUCAAGUGCUACUUUUUAUGUUCCAGAUGCUAGACAUACAUUAUUUAUUGUAUCAAGGCAUGCCAUGUUUUUAUGUCUUACUCAAUAAUGCAGUAUGAAAAAUACCCACAUACUUUAUUUUGUAGAAAUAUCUUAGUGUAAAGACUGGCAUUUUAAUGCCCUUCUUUUUAAUGCUCAAGAGACCAACAAAUAGCACUUUUCCUUCACAGAUGUCUUUUUUUUGUUUUCUUUUUUGUUCAUUCCGAGCCUAAGGAAGUUGUCUUUAACUCUCUAACUUUUCAGUAAGACAGACUGUAUUCCUAUACCUUCUGGGGAGUCUGUAUAUGUUGAUAAAAGAACAGCAUGUAAAAGGCAUCAAAGAUCAUUUUCAUUGUGCUUUAGGGUACUUUGUAUAUUUAAAAGAUUUAAGCUUUUUUUUCUUUUGGACAUAGAAAACCUCUGUAUAUUAGUCAAAUCAUAUAAGAAUAAAGGAUAUGAUAUAUUGA